AUUUUACAAAAAUAUAAUUUAUAUAUCAUACACAAGAACUCGACUUGGUGAGAGUCCCAUUUCUUAGCAAAGUUCUAAAACCUAGGAAUCAGCCCCAAACCCUAAAUCUCACCUGUAAAAGGGCCAUCCAUUGUUGACUUCUUCUUGUUUUGUGGGAAGACUCGAAACUGAUUUUGGUUACUUUUUGAGAUUUCUGGUUUACAAUGCUGCUUUUUUUUGAAGGGAGAUUAUUCAUUUUAUUUCUUUUUUCUUCCACUCACAUGAAUACUCUGUCUCUCUCUGCAACCUCUUUAGCUUCUCUGUGUCUACUUUUUCACAAGAACUUGGUAAUGUAGGCAACCACACAAGACCAGUAGCCACCAUGAAACCUCUCACUCUCUCUCUUCCCCUUCUUUCUCUCUCACUCAUCACUCUCUCUCUACAUCUCCUGGCUCCCACCUUGGCUCAAAAAUGCCACCCUGAUGAUGUAGCAGGUCUGUUAGGAUUCAAAGCCCUGAUUAAGGAGGACCCAUCCUCUAUGCUUUCUUCAUGGAAACCCAACACUGAUUGCUGCAAAUGGGAUGGAAUCACUUGCUCUUCAUUGUCUUCAAUGAACAGAGUCACGGCUCUGAGCCUCUAUGGCCAAGAAGACGACCCCAAGAGCUUUUUAUCAGGCCCCAUCUCAUUUUCUCUCUCUAAACUUACUUACCUCAAUGGGAUUUAUCUCGUUAAUCUCAGAAAAAUUACAGGUGCUUUCCCCUCUCUUCUGUUCAAACUCCCCAACAUCAACUAUGUGUACAUAGAGAAUUGUGAACUACAUGGCGCUUUGCCGGAAAAUAUAGGCCAAUUAUUUGGACUAGAGGCUCUCAGUUUCUGUGGAAAUAAGUUUUCGGGCCCAAUUCCGAACUCCAUAUCCAAUCUGACCAAGCUUACCCAGCUCAAAUUUGGCCGGAAUUCACUUUCCGGUGAAAUACCGGCUGGAAUCCAGCGACUGAAGUCUCUGCGGAUCCUAAACCUCGAACAUAACAUGCUUCGUGGCCCGAUUCCUGAUCUCUCUGGUUUAACAGAGCUUCUUUACCUGGAACUCUCUCACAAUCGACUUAUCGGCAAGAUUCCGGCGACUAUUUCCGUCCAUGCUCCAUUGGUGCAGUUUCUUGAGUUAGGGCACAACUUGCUUACUGGCUCGAUCCCGAGCUUUUUAGGCAACUUCCAGAAGCUUGAUACCCUAGAUCUUUCAAGUAACUACCUCACUGGACCAGUACCUCAGAGCUUCAAAAACCUCACCAAAAUUUUCAACCUCGACCUCUCGGAAAACCUCCUGGUGGAUCCAUUUCCGGCCAUGAAAGUUAAAGGAAUCGAAUCUCUGAAACUCUCACAUAAUCGCUUCCAUCUCGGAAAAAUUCCAGAUUGGGUCACCAGUUCUCCAAUUAUUUACUCCCUAGGGCUUGCUGGAUGUGGGAUCAAGAUGCAAUUCGAAGAAUGGAAGCCAAAAGAUACUUAUUUCUACGAUUAUAUCGAUCUUUCCGGCAAUGAAAUCACUGGAAAUCCUGCUGCUCUGCUCAAUAGAACCGAAUUUUUGGUGGGUUUUAAUGUUUCAAGCAAUAAACUGAGCUUUGAUUUAGGUAAGGUUAAUUGGCCAAAGACUCUGAGGGAUUUGGAUAUGUCCAGAAACAUGGCUAAGGGGAAAAUUCCGGCAAGUUUUGCAGGAUUAAGCGGGCUGAAUGUGAGUUAUAAUCACCUUUGUGGUUUGAUUCCGGCGACUAAGUUUCCUGCUUCUUCGUUCUUGGGGAAUGAUUGCCUCUGUGGAAAGCCUCUUCCUCCUUGCCGGAAAUAAUUUCCCGGCGACCCGUUGCAACCUUUAAAUAAGGACGCGCUGCUUCCCAUGUCUAUGUAUUUUCCUAGUUUUCCAGGACGUGAUUUUUAUCGAGAUCCUAAAUCAGAAAAUGGAUUCGGAUCUCUAAAUUUUUUGGUCAUUCACUCAUUACUUAUAUUGUAUACUUGCUCCCUUUGAGAUCCUAUUCGAUGAUUGACAAUCUCAGAUCCACUUAAGCA